AUGACGAAGCUUAGGGAUGAUGUAUUAGCUGGAGUAGCUAAGGACAAUUCCGUUUCAGAGAUGGUCAUGUCUGCCGAAGACCCAUUUCAUCUGUACAGCCAGCCCAAAACUACUGCUCCUGCGAGCAGAAAGAAGGAGAGCAGGCAGCACCCUGGGGAAAGCAGCAGCAAUCCCUCAAGGAAAAGGACUCGGACCGAGGAUCCUCCUAUUCCUAUUCCUUCCAAGGAAACGACAUCUCCUCCAGCUCCCGUCGACCAGACUUCUCCGCCAACACCCGUCGACCAGAAUCCUCCCCCAUCUCCCGCCGACCAGACUCUUCCUGAUUAG